CUCUUCUGUUGCUUCAUUCGCCUCGCCACCUUCCAACAACCAAAUUCUUUCUCUCUUCCAACUCGUCGCAACACCAACCCAAAGAAGAUCGAGUUCACAGAGCAACGCAGCCAACAUCCCACAGCGACAGUAGACAGACAGACAGGCACGAGCUACGACGACAUAUCGAACGGUGCGUCCCACUUAAUAAAUACACCAACAACACCAUCCAACCCUUAGAACAACAAAACAGCAUGCCAGUCGAGCUUUACAGUCGCACAUUUGAAUACCACUGCAUAACAGAAGACUAUUGUCAUUGCGACUGGCGGGUAACGCUGCGAGACUGCGUCGAGGCGAAAGCAAUGACGGGCGUUUACAUUGGGAACAUUGCUAUCUGUGCAUUCGUUUUUGUCAUUGGCACCGGUCUACUUGUCCAUCGUAUCUUCGUCAAGGGCCAUCGCUUAUUCGACGCUGCUUCCUCCAAGGGAUGUCUGCGGCCGAAGCCGAUUGACUGCAUGCUUUUCUCGUUAAUGAUCUUCAAUCUUCUCCGCCUGCUCACUAGCGUUAUUUUAAUCGCUGAUAUUGCCGAUGAUAUGAUCUCACGACAAUUCAUGUUUGAGUUUCCUUGGCAGUUUGGCUACGGAGCAUUUGCAUUGUACCUCAUCGGCAUCGCACAGACUCUGGCUGAUAGUCACAAGGCCAUUUCUACAGGAUGGCUUCCUUCGCCUCGCGUAGUCGAUUUCAUUGGAUCGACAUUCUUCCUUGCACCCUUCAUCAUGAACAACAUUGUCGCUAUCAUUGGUGGUGUAUAUGCUCGCUCAAAUCUGGGUGUAGCCGAAGCCAUGGUGCGCGUAUUGUACGUCUUUUGGUUUCUGCAUUGUUUCCUGCUGGGUUUGGCCGUCUUGUUUGCCGGUAUGCGACUGAUCCGCAUUCUAAAUCGCCACUUGAGCAAAUUUCAGGCCUCUGGUCCGCGCUUCGCAUCUGUCAAGACCGGUAUUUUCAAGAUCCGCGCUGUGAUGUGUAUCAUUUCCACUUGCUUGAUUAUGUUUGCUAUCUUUUUGCUCAUGUACGGUGCUCUGCGUGAUCAAAUCAUGGUCAACAUUCCCGGAUCUAUCUUCUUGGGUGUCAUCUGGAAUUACCUCGGUCCUUGCGCAACUCUCUGUGUCGAAAUCGCCAUUAUCUUCAACCCGCGCAUUGGUACCGACGGCAUUGGCAACUUGAAGAGCUCCAGCGGAGGUGAAAAGACCACCACUCAAGAAGAAACGCAAUCGUCAAGCUAUGCUGCUGCCGCCGCUGCCGACACGAGCUUCCAAGCAACACUCAGCCAUCAUGCGUUCGAAGACUUGAAGCAACAACAAAUGCAAUACCAACAAGUCUUCCAAAAGCACAGUAAUCGGCACCAUGGAUCCAACGGUCUUAACGGCAAUGGUUCGUCUACAGACCUCUCGAGCGACAAGACACUGACAGGCUCCAACAUCCCCAUGGAUGAACUCUAUUACGGCAACGCACCGAAUCUCGGUCUUUCUCCGGCUAACCGCCACCAAGACAGCAAACCUGUCUGGACGCCCCACGUUGAAAAGGAACCUGAAGAUCCUCAAGACGAUCUUUCUUCCCAGAUCCGCCUGAUACAUCACAGCCGGUAAAAAAAAAACACCCUCUCAGCCGUUUUCUUUCUUUUUUACAUAUACUAUUUUCCUAUUACUAUCUCUCGCAUCUUAGAAGAAUCAUCACACCCCGCAUUAUAAUAUAUACAUAUACAUAUAUAUCAUAACAGCAACAACGCAUGUCCUUUAUAUUCAACCCACUUCUUCCCGCUUCCCUCGCUUCCUCCUCUCUCGUCAUCACACUAUUGCACAUAGUUUUUCUUGUUCCUUUGUUGCCUUCCUAAUUAGCUCUUAUUGUUUGUCUCGGUAACCGGUGUUUCUUUCCAUGGGAGAACGAAUGCCAGUGAACCGUUGCUAGCCAUCAAAUAAAUUAUAUAUAUAUAUUCAUUUUC